UCGAGAGAGAGAGAGAGAGAUCGUCUUUUCCUUCGCAACAGACACUUUCGUUUUUAUCUUUUCCUUGUUGGCUUUCUCUAAACUCUCAGCAAUCGAUGGGAUGAUCGAUCGAGACAUGGCAAGUGAGUGAGCUCUUGAUUGGCCGAAGAUCUCUUCCAGUCAAAUCCCCUCCUCCACCAAUGGCGAGCUCGCCUUGAUCGUGUUCCAGGCAUGGCAUAGAGCGAAGACGAAGAACAAACCAAUCACACCCAACCGGGCUCCAGGGAUCGAUCGAGAGAGCCCAAGCAUUGGAGCGAGAAAGAAUGGAAGAACCAACAGCGAUACCACCACCACAACCGUCGUCAAGCUCGCAAGAACAAGGCGGCGCCAGCUCGAGCUCGAGCGCCGGGCAAGCACUCCGGCGGCAGCGAAGGAGCCCGGGGCCGAGCCCACUGGGCCGAGAGAUCGUGAUGAGCACGAGCACCAUCACGAAUCCGCCAGAGCCAGCGGCGUUCGUGGUGGAGAGGGGGAGCAAUGGUGGCAGCGGCGCUGGUGGGUUUGUGCGAGAGAUUAGCAGCUCGGGCGGGAGUGGAUCCUCGUCGCGAGUGAGCCCGCUGGAUGCAAAUGGGAACAAGCUGGAGAGAUGGGCGAGCUUGGCGUGGAGGGAUUUGACGGUGAGCUUGGAUGGCAAGAACAAGGUGAUCCAGAGCUUGACUGGGUACGCGACGCCAGGGACGCUCACCGCGAUCAUGGGUCCUUCCUGCUGUGGCAAGAACCAUCUCUUAAAAGCUCUCGCGGGACGAUUCCCAAGCCAUGCCAAAGUCUAUGGUGAGGUACUGCUCAACGGUCGGCCUAGAUAUCUCAAGUAUGGAACUUACGCCUACGUGAGCAAAGGCGAGCAACUUAUCGAAACUCUGACUGUCCGCGAGACGCUCUACAACGCGGCUCUUCUCCAGCUUCCAAAAUGUACGCCGUGCUCCGAGAAAACGGCCGUGGUGGACUCGGCAAUCUCCAGCAUGGAGCUCGAAGGCUAUGGCUCCAUACCCGUCGGAGGAUCGUUUCUCGUCAAGGGUCUCACUCCCGGCGAGAGGAAACGACUGACGAUCGCCAUGGAGCUUCUCACAAGGCCGACUCUCAUCUUUUGCGACGAACCGAUCGACAAUCUCGACAGUGUUUCAGCGUUCCUGCUGGUUGCUUCUCUGAAGAAGCUUGCGAGCAAUGGUUGCACCGUAGUGAUCACCACCGAGCGGACUUGUACCGAGGUGUUCCAUCUCCUCACCACCAUUUGCUUGCUCUCCAAAGGAAAGGCUAUCUUUUUUGGAGACACUGCUGCCUGUCUCGAGCUUUUUGCCAGUGCGGGAUUUCCUUGCCCGUCCUUGCAAAAUCCCACUGACCAUUUCCUUCGAGCUCUAAAUGCCGAGUUUGAGAAAGUAAAUCGCAUCACCAAGCUUAACCAGGACUAUGAGCAAGGAGCCUCGCCAUGGCGAAGAUUGGACGCGUCAGUAAUCACUAGAACGCUAGAAACCACUUACAACGCAUCGAACGAAGCCGCUGUUGUCGAAGCUUUGGUCCAUCAGCUCUCCGAAAAGGAGGGACCAUUUCUUAAAUCGCGAGGCCAAGCCAGCUUCACGACCAGAGUGGCAGCAGUGACUUAUCGAUCGUUCCUCAACAUGUCGAGGUGUUUCACGUACUUCUGGCUCAGAUUUCUUCUCUACUUGCCACUCUCCGUUUGCAUAGCCACCAUCUUCUACGGCCUUGGCGACUCCCCACAGCUUGUAACUGUGCGAGCUUCGGCAAUCUUUGCUAUGGUCUCUUUCUUCUCACUGCUCGCCAUUGCCGGCGUUCCAGCACUUGCUAAAGACAUCAAGGUUUAUCGGCGCGAGAGGAAGAACGAUCACACGAGCGCUGGAGUGUUCGUCCUCGCAAACUUCGUGUCGUCGUCUCCAUACUUGCUGCUCGUCUCGGCUGUUUGCUCGUCCGUGUGCGUCAUCACUUCCGUCACGCUCAACGUCUUUGCUGCCAUCCUCGUCGCCACAACCAUCCAGGUUUUGAUGAUGCUCUCUGGCGGACACUUUCGAGAACUCGAUCAAGUUCCAAAGACUGUGUGGAAGUAUCCUGCCUCGUAUGCUGCAUUCCACACGUACGCCGUCGAGGGAAUUUUGGAGAACGAAUACUCGAGUAGAAGAGAUUUUCUGCGGCAGAGGUAUGCAAGCUGGGACUCGAGCUCUGGGAAAUGGAUGGAUUUGUGGAUUCUGGCUGCCAUGGCUCUUGCUUACCGAAUCCUGCUCUACUUUUCAUUACUCCUCUGUAGAAAAUCUUCCACCAACAAUGGUCAUAAAACUAAACCAUGAUUUCCAUUCUGUC